AACACCGUCUGAACGACGUGGAAAUUGUUAGGAAUCAAUUUUGCGUCUUUCCGACGAUGGGACAGGCUCUUGCUGUGAUCCUCGAAUGAAGUCACCGUGUGAAGAGCAGGCCUGCUGCUGAGGGAGACCCCCUCCGGUCGGCUGAACCGAGCGGUCAACGUGUCACCGCAACAGACCUAGCUGGCUAAAAGGCUGGGAGCAAGAGGACCACCGCAGGAGAGGGAAACGUGUUCUUGGACGCGGCAGUGAAAAUGUUAGCGGGCGGAAGGCAUAUUUAAGGGUUAAUUUUGGCAGGGAAAGGUCUUCACACAAAGUAGCGGGUCUUCCUAGAGAGCAGUAUGCUUCUCAUGCUAGCUGGCACUGCUGUUAGCUACAUUUAGCUUCUCCAGCUCCCGCUCCGGACUUUAUUAUCUCCUUUAAAGCUGCAUUUUAAAGGCAAAUUCAGGGCCAUGGAUUUUCCGGGCCACUUUGAGCAGAUCUUCCAGCAGCUCAACUAUCAGCGCAUCCACGGGCAGCUGUGUGACUGUGUCAUCGUAGUGGGCAGCCGACACUUUAAAGCCCACCGCUCAGUGCUCGCGGCCUGCAGCACCCACUUCAGAGCCCUGUUUACAGUCGCAGAAGGGGACGCCAGCAUGAACAUGAUCCAGCUGGAUAGCGAGGUGGUGACGGCAGAAGCUUUCGCUGCUCUGGUGGACAUGAUGUACACAUCAACGCUGAUGCUGGGGGAGAGCAACGUCAUGGACAUCCUUCUUGCUGCUUCACAUCUGCACCUGAACAACGUUGUGAAGGCCUGCAAACACUACCUGACCACGCGAACACUGCCCUUGUCCCCUUCUGCAGACAGGCCCUCCCAUCACCACCCGCAGCAGGAGCAACAGCAGAGGCACAGGCAGCAGCAGGUUGGAGAUUUAGGAGCUAAUGUUAGCCUCCCAGCUUCUGCUGCUACGUCUAAGCUGCAGCGCUCCUUCCUGCUGCAGCAGCUGGGCCUCAGUCUGGUGAGUUCUGCCUUAGGAGGAAUGGAGGAAGAAGUGGCAGGCAACAGAGUGGUGGAACAGAGAGCCUCCUUCCCAGUCAGGCGCUUUCACAAGCGUAAGCCUCCCCUAGGGAUUGGGCUUCAAGAGGAACGACCCAGACAGAGGCAGCGGCCCUCUGCCCCCAGCCGCGGACUUUUGGGAGAGAGUGGGGUGAACGCAGAGAGAGAGGAUGGAGCACUUCUUUCACCAGACUCCCACAAGAUGGGCGACGAAUCCAAGUCGGAUGGAGCGGUCGGCGGGCCUCAGGACGACCCCCAGAUGCCGAGUCAGUCGGACAGCGGACACUGUGAGGAGGAAAGCUUAGGAAGAAUGCAGGGAGGGGUGGGGAAGGAGGAGGACAUCAGUGAUCAUGACCAGCGGGAUGAACGAGUGGGAGUGAAGAUGAAAUCUGGAACAGAGGAGGAGGAGGAGGCUGAGGAAGAGGAGCAGAAGGUGGUGGUCAAACAGGAGCCUCUCAGUUCGCCAGAACCUGUGGACGAAAACAGCGACGUCACAUCCCAGGCCGAAGGUAGCGACCCGACGGAGCCCGGGUGCCAGGAGGAAGAGGAGAAGGUGGAGCUGAGCCCAGAGAGCAGCGACCGCAGCUUCACCUCUGAACCCCAGCCCAGCUCUGAGUCUCUCCUCAAGAGCAGCAUGGCAGGAGGUGCAGGAGUUACAGCAGGUUUCAGCUGCGGCAACGUUCUGAACAACAAACCUGCUUUUAAUAUUCCCAGCUUCCUCGGAGCCAAGGAUUUCAGCAGCGGCAGGUCCGGGUUGGUUGCUGCAGAGGAUGCCCUUCCUAACACGACCACGGGAGAUGCUGUUUCACAUAAUUUUAUGCUGAGACAAGACACAGCUGCACCAUCCGGGUCUGCCUCAUCGUCGGUUUUGCAGCCUGGAAUGCUAAACACCGAGAGCAGAAACAGCUUUGGAGAUAACCUGCAGCCGGACUCUUUGUUCCUCCGCCCGCUGCAUGAUGGGUUAGGAAACCCAAGAAACGGGGGAGGGGGUGCAAGUGGAGGACGUGGAGGCAUGGAUCCCUUCAGCUUGGACUUCCAGAGAUCCAGUCUGGGCCUCCACUCGCUGGGCCGCCCAUCGAGGCCAGCAGGAGGAACUAGUGCGAACGCUCUGGGUUAUCAAAGCUUCAGGCGUAUCGCUCCAAAAAUGAACUCUGGAAUGGGAGGAGAAGAACCCGUAGGUGGGAUUAUUCGUGAUGCUGCAUCUUCUUCAUCCAGUCUAUCCAGUCCUCUGCUCCUUAAUGAAAGCGGAGGGUACGAGAUGAACAGCAGCAGGCCCACCUCCCUCCCACCCCAACUCACGCGGGCGUCGGCUGACGUCCUGUCCAAGUGCAAGAAGGCGCUUUCGGAGCACAAUGUCCUGGUGGUGGAAGGGGCGCGGAAGUAUGCCUGCAAGAUCUGCUGCAAAACCUUCCUCACCCUGACCGACUGCAAGAAACACAUCCGAGUCCAUACCGGAGAAAAACCCUACGCCUGUCUCAAGUGCGGCAAACGUUUCAGCCAAUCGUCGCACCUUUACAAGCAUUCCAAGACCACGUGUCUGCGCUGGCAGAACAGUAACAUGUCCAACACUCUGCUGUAGAGGGCGGAAAGAAAGCUAGGCUUUUAACGAUGCACUCAACAUGAAACUCUCCCAUUUUUUUCUCUUCAGAAUGGUUGGAUCCCAUCAUCUUCAUCUCUUUUCUUCCCCUAGAUAAAUCACUCCUGAUCACAAACCAAAGAUGAGGAUUAUAUUUUUCUCAUCCACACUAUCAGCCUGUUCUGUAAGGAUAAAACACCUAUAUUCUUUUAAAAGGACACAUGUAGCUUUGAUCCCUUGGACUGAAUUAUGAAUAAUCUCCUACAUUAAUGUCACGAGUAUGACCAAGAUUUAUUUUCUCUUAGUUUUAAAUGUCUUAAUUAGGAAAAAAAGCUUCUUCAGAGUUAUUUGGUUUUGAAUCACAAAAUCAAAAGUUGGAUUUGCUCUGAUGUGACCGGUGCAGAUGUUCUAACAUUUUAAUCGUACGAAGAAUCUGCUGCAGCCUCUAAUUGUGGUCAGACCCACUCUGUAAGAACUGACGGAGGCUUGCAUGCACAGGUGUCUGCAGGCCUCCUCUGCACAUGGAAGAGGAAAAUACCUCCUGAACCUUCUCUCAGUUUAUUCACUUUAUUGGGAUUUUAUACCAAAGACAAAGAAGAGCAUAUUUAUGAAGGAAUUUAUUGGUUUUUAACAAUCUUUACUUGCUAUUUUGUAUUAAUAUUCCACCACAAUGAUUUCUAGAACCACCAUUAUUUUUGGAGUUAUACUGGUGUCUUGCAGGUUUCCCACCAGGCCUGUAUGUGGUGCUUUCACCACCUUGUUUUAUGGUUGCUGUAAAGUUUAAUACAGCUUAAUAUACUAAACUUUUUGUUUUCUUUUCUCCACUCUUGCAUCACUCUUGAUGACCUGCAUUACUAAUUGAUGCGUUUUUAUCAGAUUGUCCCACAUGAACUGUACGCCGCUAGCUGCGUCUUUGGCUAAUGCUUGCGUUACCUUUUAUUCUCUAGGAAAGCAUGUUUCCAUCUGUGCCGUUAACGUUUCAUUUUUUUUAGAGGAUGGAUUGAAUAGUGCUAUUCUCCAGGUCCAAAGCUUAAGUUAUUGUUUUUGGACCUUUUUUAAACUCCCUGUCUGCUUGUUCUCCAACAAGCCACCGCAGCCUUCAGAAGGCAGCUGGAUUUAUACCCAGAUUAAAUGAUAUGCAGGUGGACUCAUCAUGGAGACAAACAGGCUGCAUUCCCGGUUUUUCAAGCACAUCAAAGUAAAGGGUACAAAAUAUAAAUCACACUUUGUAUAAAAAGAUGUCGAAAAACCAUGCUCUAUUUUCCUUUUUCUACAAAGUUAUGCAAUACUUUGUGUUGAUCUGUGACAUAAAAUCCCAAUAAAAUACAUGGAGGUUCAAAUACUGGGAUCCUUACGGAGAUAAUGAACGAGAGUUUUAAUAUUUUGAAAGCAUUAGAAUCUGGGGGUUAUAUGGUGCUUAUUGUUAAGCUAAAUAUUUGUGAACCUGAAGGAAGAAAAUAUGUUGCUGAUAAAUUCACUUGUUGAAAGUUUAUUGAAAGAAAGAGGAUUCAUUGUCAUUGUCGUCCUUGACAAGUGAUAUUAGUGCUUUUUAGUGGUUCACUCAUAAAACUGAGAAGGUAAGGAUUUUUCAUUCUUCUCUCUACCCAAAAUCAAGGGACGCUGAGGCAAGACAGCUAAAAUAAAUCUAAAAUCCUAAACAUUAGUGCCAUUUCAGUACCAUGUUUUACCAGAAACCACCCUGUAAAUAAAUCCUCUUAGUGUCAGCAGUUAUUUAUAUUUGCAGUUAAGACUUCAAAUGUAUAAAAGUUCAGCUCUGACCCAAAACAACAAACCUCUCCGUGGUAUGGCAAAAACGGGUUCCUCCUGGUUAGGGAUAUGCUGUGUUUCCUUAUUGAAAUGUACAUUUCUGUUGUUUGAAUUGAGUUUACUGCGUUUUUUAAACGAUAUGUUAAAAAAAUAGAAGAAAAUUCCUCACAUUGCUGGUCUGUUUUUCAACCUCAGAUCUGGUAAAAAUCCUGUUAAAUUUCACAUUUUUCAGUUUAUUACUGUACUAGAAGUUGAUGUUUUCAACUUAUUUAUUUUUCUCUGAUUGCUUUGAAUUCAGAAGCACUUGCUGUGCAUUCAGACCAAAUGCAGUGUCCAUGGCGACGGCAAUGGAUUUACAUACUAUACCUAUGUAAACCAAGUUGGGAAGCAGCCAGCGGUGAAUCCCACGCGGUGAGGGCGUUCCUGCUCCACUCUAACCUCAUGCUAAUCAGUUUAAACGGAGUUAUAAACAAACCGCAGCACCACCUGGA